AUGUCUAAGAAGGGGCUGGUGCACUGGAUAGGUUCUGCGAUAGCGCGAGGGAAGGAAUUUAUCUCGGAGCCCACGAGGGAGGCAGGGGAGCAUGGUGGAGAGGAUGGGGCAAACGACAGAAUGUCAAACCUUCGAAUGAAGUUCGAUCAGUAUGACAAAGAGGGCAAGGGGGUCUUAGCACGAGAGGAUUGCAUGCUGCUCCUGCGAGACCUCUUCCUCACAUUCAGCGAUGAGCUGCCGACGCAGGAGCGGGUCGAUCUUGCGGUGCGAUCGCUCUCAAAUUCAAUCGGGAUGAGCGAGGAGGAGGAGGGAUGGGAAGUUGGCUUUCAAGACCUGUACCUUCAAGGCCCCAACUCAUCAAAGGAGCUGCAGGCGGGACAGGGGGGAACCUCCCAACUAGAAGGGUCCAGCUCUCCUGCCGCUGUCCUGCCGCGAAUCAACUCUUCGGGAAUCGAACCCCCUGCUAAGAACUCUCCGAUGGCGCUGAGGAAUAGUCAGCAAGUUGUAACAGGAGAAGAACGCCAGAAAACCUCCAGCUCGCCUCCCCCUGAGAGAAUCAACGGCCGGCGCUCAAAGGGCUGGGAGGGCGGCGAGGAUUUGACCCCUGCGAUCCGAGACAUCCGAGACACCUUAAUUGACUGCAACACCUUCAUCAAGCGCUGGGAGCUGAGCAUAGACGAGCACAUCGAACGUCAGCUGGAAAUCUUGAAGCUGAGAGAAGUGGAAGUCAAGGGCCCUCAGGCUAACGACCCGGCUUGA